AUGUCUGAAAAUGCCCAAGCUCUUGGCGGGACCAACCUGAGCUGUGUCCCCUCAAGAUUCGAAGAUUCUCUAAACGGUACACGCGAACACUUAGAAGAAAGCGCUUCCCAAUAUGGGCUUCUAGCCGGCGACAUCUCAGCAAAUGGAGAACCCAACGAAUCUCGUUUUAUAUGCAGAAGUCAGGGCUCUGGUAAAAGCCAUACGUUAGCAAUACUGCUGGAGAAUUUUCUUGUGCAGUUUGUGGCAAAUGUACUGACUAGACCAUUAGCAGGUCUGGUAUUUCACUAUGACUCCGUCGUAUCGGACGCAAGUGGUCUCCCAUGUGAAGCAGCGUACCUGUCCUCCAAUAAGAAUGUGAAUGUCAGGCUGUGUCCCAACGUCUCCAUCCAAGAGCUUCGCUUUUGUCAGGACAGCUUUAACACAAAGCGAAUGCUAAAUUCGAUAGUAGCAAGCCCAUGCCAAACUGGUCGAAUGCUAUUAUACCUUCACACAGGGGGUGGGGGGUUCAACUAUCAAGAAUUCAAGAACGCCAUAGAAGCUGAACCUCUAACCAAGGAGCAAUCCGUUCCUCUUCAGCAGCGACUUGAAACUUUGGGGAGCUUUAUGAUGAGGCAAGACACAAAUAUAACUGCCGAACAGGCCUGCUCUCUAUUUGACAUAUACCUGGGACGAGUCGUUGCACUUGAUGAAUCACACAAGUAUAUGACCGAAACUGAUGAAGAUCAAGUAUUCACGGAAUUACUUUUAUCUGCGAUUCGCUUACAACGCCACAAUGGCACGCGCAUCAUAAUAUCCACACAAGAGCCUACAAUAUCCCCUGGUCUAUUGGACCUCUGCUCCAUCACGAUCGUUCAUCGACCUGAGCUUUUCUCGAAUAUUGCGCAACUCCGAACAGGUGAGUCAUUUCUGUUCGCUCCAAGCGGCAUGCCGGUAUUCCUCGGCGACGGCACCAUGAAAGUGCGAAUUCGUAAUUGUAUUACUGUUGAUGGAGGAAAGAGCAUUAUAGCUCGAUGA